UCUGGAGGAGGAGAUACGUGUAGCCUGGCUUUAGCUGGCUUAGCAUUAGCAACACAUAGCUAGGCGGAGGCGCAACAAGCUCCCUGAACGCCGAAAUAAGUACUCUAUUUUGAUUUUUUUCCUUGGAAUUCGCGCAACUAGUUUAUGGUUUUAUAUCCCUGGACUAACAAUUGAACCUGACGUGGCCCAAAAAAGAUGGUGAUGGCGUCGUCAUGUGUGCAGCCAGCACUGUGUGUGUGGAGAUGGUUUUAACAGACGCUGUUCUGGAGGACUCAGGAACACUGCACUGGCCUGGAGAAGCCUCAUAAACAAACACGCACACGUACACAACACACACCUGCACACAAGAAGAUUUACACAUACACCACGCCACCGCCGUGCCUUGAGAAAGGACACAGUCGCACGGAUACAUAACACAAGCUUCACCUGAAGCACGCACACACAUUUAAGCUCUUGGUGUGUGUUAGACUCUCUACCCAUACAUCAUUGGUGUCCUAUCUCCUCUCCUGUGUGAGAGCGUGCAUUUUAUUUCUUCCCAUCUGUCCCACCCCCACCGCCACCAUGCCGAGGUCCACCAUCCGCCGGCAGAUGAAGAACAUGGUGAACAACUACUCUGACGCCGAAAAGAAAGUCAGAGAGGCCACUUCCAACGACCCCUGGGGCCCGUCGUCUUCGCUCAUGUCCGAGAUCGCCGACCUCACUUACAACGUGGUCGCCUUCAGCGAGAUCAUGAGCAUGAUCUGGAAGCGGCUCAACGACCACGGCAAGAACUGGCGCCACGUCUACAAGGCGCUCACUUUGCUCGACUACCUGAUCAAGACAGGCUCAGAGCGAGUGGCGCUGCAGUGCAAGGAGAACAUCUUCGCCAUCCAGACUCUGAAGGACUUCCAGUACAUCGACAGAGACGGCAAAGACCAGGGCAUCAACGUCAGGGAGAAGAGCAAGCAGCUUGUGGUCCUACUGAAAGACGAGGACCGCCUCAAAGGAGAGAGGUCUCAGGCUUUGAAGACCAAAGAGCGUAUGGCCCAGGUGUCCACUGGGAACAGUCAGAUGGGUUUUGGCCGAGGCUCGUCUCAACCCAACCUCUCCACUUCCUACAGCGAAGAGUACGGCAGAUCAGAGGGCUCACCUGCGUCCUACCAUGGCUCCACGUCUCCCAACGCCGGCUCAGAACUGGAGCAGGCCAGACCUCAGACCAGCGGAGAGGAGGAGCUACAGCUGCAGCUGGCUCUGGCCAUGAGCAGAGAGGCUGCAGAGCAGGAGGAGCGCAUACGCAGAGGGGACGACCUGAGACUACAGAUGGCCUUGGAGGAGAGUAAGAAAGGAGGCUCAGAUUCAGCAAAACUGCCCAAGAAGAAGAGAGAGCCACAGUCGUCUUUGAUGGACCUGAUGGAUGUCCCAGAGCCAGGUGCCAGCGCUGACCCCUGGGGCGCAGGGGCUGGGGCUGGUGCUGGAGCCGGGGCAGGGGCAGCCGCUGCAUCAGAAGACCCCUGGCAGUCUUAUGGGUCUGCACCUAAGCCAGCAGCCCCAGUGGACCCAUGGGGUGCUACUCCUUCUGUCCCACCCAUGAAAAGCAGUGAUCCCUGGGCAUCAAACUCCACCCCUGCCGCUGACCCAUGGGGCUCCGCAGCUGCCCGCCCUAAGACUUCCAACACAGGUAACUUUGACCUGUUCAAUGCAUCCAACGGUACGUCUAAAGAGGACUUCUCAGAAUUUGACAGCCUGCGCUCUUCCUCCUCUGUCCCCACUGGUGACGGGGGCGUAGCAUCCUCUAUCCCCUCCCAAGGCAGCCUUGCAAGCAGCGGCAGCCUAGACCUCUUCGACCCCCUGCCCACCUCCACAUCUGUCACCACAAAUCCAACUAGAAAGACCCCGGAGUCCUUCCUGGGUCCUAAUGCUGCCCUGGUCAAUCUGGACUCUCUGGUGACCAAACCAGCCCAGCCUGCACCAGUCAUCAACCCGUUCUUAGCUUCAACAGGUGGUGCCGCUGCUCCAGCUCCAGCAAACCCCUUCCAAGUGAGCCAGCCAGCCCCUCCGACCCUCAAUCAGAUGAGGGUCAGCCCCAUGCCCCCCGGCUUCGGCAUGGCCGAGCCCAUGGCCCUCUCCUCCCUGCCUGCUCAGCCCAUCACCAUGGUCCCCCUGGCAGGCAUGGCCCCCAUGGCGCGCACGAUGCCCGGAAUGGGAGUCGGCACUAUCGGAGGCGUGGGGAUGUCCAUGCCCCAGCCCCUGAUGAGCAUGCCACCCCAGGCCGGGACGCAGCCCACCGGAACCACCAACCCCUUCCUUUUGUGAGGGGGCGACUGGGGGACGACUUGCCCCUGAGUACCCUCUCCUCUCCCUCUGUCUCCCUCGUCCACUUUGGCUCCUUUAGAAGCUUCAAAAUGAACAAGGAGAUCCCAUGUAUCCCUUUAUAACCAACUUCUGGCCAGGUCGUAGUCCCAGCCUGGCCUCCCCCCCCCACCUUAACACACUCCUGUACUCCUUCUUCCUCCGUCUCUUUGUCUCAGUGCUACAAGCUGCCUAGUCCUGUGUGUUCCAUACUGAUCUGACGAUGAUGUUGAUGACCACAACACGUUUGCAUCUGUCUACAGACUUACAGAGUAGCAGUGGUGUUUACAGUUUUUCCACAGAGGCAGGACAGGAUCUCCCCUCUGUCCUCCUCUCCUUCACUCGCCUCCUCUCCCUUACUUCCUCCCUUAGGACUGCUCUUUUCUUCUUCUGUGGUGGAGUGACAGGAGAGUCUGACCAUACUAACGCCAGGAUCUUAUCUCUUCACUAGAGCUAAUCUUUUAUAAGCCCUGUCAGUCGGUGUGCGAGUGAGUGUGUGUGCGCGUGUGUGAGUGAGUGAGCGCACAUCUCAGUACUUUUACACUGUGUAUAUUCCAGUGGGUUUUACUUACACACACUGGAGUACGGAUGAGAGAUGGUCAGAUGUGUUUAUACUCUUGUGUGUGUUACUAAGCAGGGAUUUUGCACAAUUUUUUGUCUUUUUAUUUUUUCUUUCUGCGACUGUUGGGCUCACCGUUACACCUUAGCUAAGGGAGGGAGGCUCGCCGCUCAAAACGGCUCCGACAACACACACACACUGCCUCGGCUCUCGGUACCACUCAGUCAACAACUCUCGUCUGGUCACUUCCCGUCAACUUGGACCUUUUUUUUUUUUUUUUUUUUAAAUCCCGACCCUCCACGUGAACUUUGACCUCCAGGGGUCGCGGGAUUAACAACACUUAUCAAAGGGGGUGAACCCCUUGUUUUAGGGGUUGGAACGUAAUUUUCGUCUGUAUGUGUGUGCUCACGCAGGUGUACUGUUAAUGCUCGUAUACUAACAGCCACAUGUUGAUGUAUUUGUCACUAAGCCCCCCCCCCCGUGCGUGUUUUGAGAAAAGACAUGAACUGUGAUGGCAUCAGUAUUUUGCUAUCUGAACAUAUGGAUGCAGUGAGGCAUCAUGGGACAGUUUUGUUUAUUUUUUAGUUUGUUUUUAGGGUCAAAGGGAAGAGGGCGUGUGUGUGUGUGUGUGAGUGUGUGUGAGUGUGUGUGUGUGUGUGCAGUUUGCAUGAGCGAUACGUUUAGCUUCCAAGUGAACAAUAAUACACAGUAAAGUGGAAACUGGCUCAGAAAUGGCUGAAGUUUCUGAAGUGCAAGUCAGAGCAGGGGUAUAACGUAGACUGCAGCCUUAUGUGUGUGUGUGUGUGUGUGUGUGUGUGUGCAUGUGCUGUCUGCAACCAUAUAUCAAGAAGUGUUACUAUGGUGACAGGGCUGCAAAGAAAGCUCUGGGUUUAAAGAGCACGUCAGCCACUCAGCAUCGUGAAGAGAGUUUACCUCUGAGUGGAUUUACUGCGGCUAAUCUAUCCCACAAGAACAUUAGCAGGUGGACACACACACACACACACACACACACACACACACACACACACACUCACACAGGGUUGUUCCAGGAUCAGUCUAUUGAUAGCACAGCGAAUCCCGCAGCAAACAACAGUGAGACAUGUCAUGUAAACAAACAGUUGUUAAUUUUGUUGGUUACAUUUUUUUUUUUUCGUUGUUUUUAUUUACUCGUUAGAUGUAAAUCCAUAGCCAAGCCUUUCAGAGUUUUGGAGCUGUGUACUAGCUAAGCCAUGUAUCAUCUUCACUCUCUCUUUUUGUCUAUUUUCUGUCAUUGUAGUUUGGUUUUUUUUCACCCUAUGGGUAGGCUAUGUAAUUCUCUUCUCUUAGAAGCACAACUGUUACCAAAGUCAUAGCGACUGUGAUUUCUGAGGACGUCGUACUUUGAGUAGUUUGAACAGUAGGGUCACACUUCACUGACAGUUUUUUGUUUUGUUUUAUGGAUCCGUUGUUAUCAUUUUUUAUAUUUCAGAGCUAUUUUACCGUCUGUUCAGGAGUUUGUGUAAGAAAGUGUUACUGUUGGCUGAAUAUCGGCACAUUUACUGACAGCAAGCUGAGCGGCUCCGUCUCUUCUAUCGGUUGAGAAAAGUGGGUUAAUGAAACGCAGCUGAUGAACUGCGCCCGGUGUUUAGACCCGUCUUCUUCUUUAGGUCACUGUACUCCCGUCUCCAGUUCUGUUGAUAUCACUGCCAAUGUUAUUACUGUGGAAAAGGUGUUUGUUUGUUUUUCUUUUAGUGUGCGUUGGCGCCCUCUCCUGGUCUGCUGUGGUAUCAUAGCAACACCACAGACCCCUUGGUAUCUCCACUAAACGCAGACCUUUCAUUUUUCUCAGGCAAAAGGAGGGGCAGCUCCAACUGUGUGUAUGAUUUUGAUGAUGCUGAGGGUGGGGAUGAUGACUUUUAUGCUCGGGGUCUUGGAUGAAUGGAUGUGACACUUCCUUGCAGACCAGCAAACAUUUUUAAUCUCCACUAAAUAUAUGCAAAAAUUGGAGUAUGGAAAAGUUAAAAAAAAAAGAUUUAAUGCUUGAUGUGUUUUGCAAAGUUAGAUUUGCUAAUAAAGUUUUGUUUAUGAAAAUGCUACUAUGAUAUUCUAGCUAAGACGUGUCACUUUCUCACCGGCCUUCAUUUCACUGCGGCCUGACCUUUAACUUCACUCCAGCGAUUGUUGAAAAGGUUGUUAUGGAUGCAUUGAAAAACAGAAAAAAAGGAACUUUACUGUCUUGAACAAAUUCAGCACUCCUGAACAGUCAGAUGUCACUGCAGUUGAACACUUUUUCUUGAUCCCUGGCAGCAGUUUCACAGUCGUGGCUAUGGUGCAGUGAAAAUGUGGCCUGUGUGUAGCGAGCUCCUCUGCGUGUUACUAUGUAUUCACUAUGCUUUUAUCAAGAGGACUAACUGACCUUAUGGACUGUCUGUCUUUAUAUGCAUAAACAGCCUCCUUUAAUCUUUUCCAUGUCUGUCUAUUUACCCUUCUCAUAGUACUGGGAGCAGGCUGCUUUUUUUUUUUUUUUUUUUUUUAUUGGAUACGUGCUCAACCUGUUGGCAUUAUAACUGUAUAAUAUAAUUUAUCAUUUGUACUAUUGUAACAUACUGUUCCUCUGUAUACCUUAUUAUUCUGUGUAAUGGGUUUUUGUAGGAAAAGUCACCGUGGUAUUUUAACGGCAUCUAAACGAACGCAGCAGGCCGCACCCUGUUGGAUGAGGACAACUGUAGCUGCAUUGGUUCAAAAUAAAAUGUGUAUCACUUCAGCUCUGUAACUCAA